AUGGUGCUUUUACCAUCAUCUCUGGCUUUAAUCGGGUUCCUAAUGGGUUGCUUCUACAUUAAUCUCCCCGUCGGUGGCCUCGUUGCGGUAUUGCUAGCAUUCGUCCAUAUCCCUGAACAAAUCCCCAAGCCCAGCGUCGUCGAAGCACUCCACACACUCCCACCCAAGCUCGAUCUCGUCAGAUCCGCCCUCUUUGCUCCCUCUGCCAUCCAAUUGCUACUUGCUCUACAGCAUGGUGGGGUCAAAUAUGCCUGGAACAGUUCUCAAGUCAUCGGGCUCUUCUGCAGCGCCGGCGCCACAUUCAUUGUGUUCCUCGUCUGGGAUUACCGCAAAGGCGAUACAGCGAUGAUCCCUUUCUCCAUGGUCCGCAAGAGAAUCGUCUGGUCAAGUAGCCUGUCAUAUGGAUUUUUGAUGGGCCAGUUAUUCUGUACUACCUACUACCUGCCGAUCGAUUUCCAGGGUGUCAAGGGCUCCUCUCCGAUGUUGAGUGGUGUAUACAUCCUCCGGAGCAUGUUGGCUCGUCUCUUCGCAGCUCUUGUUCAUCUUAACUGCUUAUGGUUUCAAUCACUGACGGUCCUCGGUCGAACGAGUAGGAUAUUACCUGCCCAUCAUGGCCGGCAGCGCAGCCGUGGUGGUGGUUUCCAAUGGCCUCCUGUCGACAUUAGCCCUGGAGCGUCAAUGGGGAAAUAA